UGCUAAACACUACGAGGACUCGUACAUGUUUGAAUGUGGGACGCCUAUGUUUAUCCACCCCGUAAGUGGUUAGCGGGUUAUUCUCAAGGAACAAACCACAGAUGAAGGAGAAGGAGAAGUUGUGGUUGUGGAGUGUUUCGACACACCACAAGGCCGACUAUUCCAUGCUUGCUGUAUUGGACCAGGAACAGCCAAGUUCUCCUACGAUUUGCACAUGUAUUCAUCUUCGGGUGAUAGCUGCUUAUUUCAGUCAAAACUCAAAAGAGUUCGUGAAGUGAGCAAUGAACCACCCUGUAAACAUGUUAUGUUGGUUCAUUCCUCCAUGUGCCCUGACUACAAGUUUUAUAUUUGCAUCAAGCGAGAGACUUAUUAGGAUCAUGAAGAAGCUACUACUUCGUCCCUCAUCAGUCGCACUGAUGCGUAGGACCUUGAAAGGGAGCUUUUGACUGUUUGAAUUUUCUCUUCUUUUUUUUUUCUCUAUCGAAACCCUCUACUCAUGUUAAUUAGAUUUCCUCUCUAAAUUAUGUCGUCUAAACACUUGAAAAUUAAUGUGUGAUAUUGAUCUAAGUUCAAGUACGUUAAUACAUGGAGGCGUGACUGAUGAAGAGUUUUAAGCGACAUAUUUUUGAAGAAAUGCUGGGUGAACUGUGAAACGGCAUUUUGUUGACACUAUAAUACAUUUAUACCCAUCUGGCCUGCUGAUUGUCCGAGUUAAAACUUAUAUCCAGAAACUGAGAAACGAGGAAGACAAAAGUAGCGGGAAUAAACAAAUCAGAAAACUGUGAAGGCAUUUGUCGACACUAUAUCCAUAUAUCGCCUACUGACCGUCUAAAAUUCAGAAUGAGAAUGACGAAGAAGAAGGAAGUGAAAAGGAGAAGAAACUGUAAUGGGCUAAGGGAUGCAGAGCCCAAUACUAUUUAUUUUAGUGGGCCUGAGCCCAAAACUGAACAAAUGUGAACCAGACAAUCAGCUAGGGUUUGAAGAUGCAGACUUUUGGAUUGACUUGACCAACAACGCGUGUCUCUGAUAGUUCUCUCGAAAUGGAGAGUUCCUCCGGAGAAUCCGAAUCCGAGGACGACAGACUGAUCUCUGAAAUGGAGAGUUCCUCCGGAGAAUCCGAGGACGAGAGACCGAUUGUACUCACCAACAGAACUUCGCAAAAGAGGCAACGUUCUCCGACCGAACGCACUGCGACGCUGCUGGAUCUGGAUGUUACAGACUGUCCCAUUUGCUUUAAUCCUCUCACCAUUCCCAUCUUCCAGUGUGACAAUGGUCAUAUAGCAUGCUCUGCUUGCUGCCAAACGUUGAGCAAGAAGUGUGCAACAUGCUCCUUACCCACUCUUUCCCGCAACAGAGCUAUGGAGCGGGUUAUUGAACUUCUUAGAGUUCCAUGUCCGAAUGAUGGUUGCUCCAAGAUUGUCUCUUGUUCUGAAACAUCAGCACAUGUGAAUCAUUGUCCUUUCACCCAACGUACUUGCCCCUUUAGCAGCUGUGACUUUACUUGCUCCUCCAAGGAUUUAUAUAAACACGGCGCUGCGGCACCAUGCGCUGCUAAAUUUGGCCUUUCCUUUUCCUUGAGCAUGUUUAAAUGUGGAACGCUCGUGCGUACGCAUCUCUCAACAUAUAAGAGGAUCAUUCUUGAGGUAUGAUCUCUACACUUUACUCGUUCAAUAUUGCAAGUAAAACUCAUUUGAGUUUAUAGUGUUGAUGAGAAGAUCAUUUUGUGGUUGUAUAAUACAACUUGUAUUAAGUAUAAGAAUCUGAGGUUGAAUCUUCUUUUUUCUUUGUUGUUGCAGGCUGCAGAAGAAAGAAGAAGAGAGUGGAGACUGGAGAGUCUAGAGACUUAACGCGAGGUAUUAUCUUAUACUUAGCGUGAUUCUAGUGUACUUUUGGACAAGAUAUUGAAAUGUUCAUACUAGAGAACUCACUACCUCACAAUGAUCUUGUCAUUGUUUACUUAUUGAAGUAGCAUCUGAUCUUGAUUUGUAGAUGUGAUCAUUACAUUUAAUCUAAUG